AGUGUUAUAUUUGAAAAUUUUUCCUGUGUCGAUUUUUCUGAAAAUAUCUGAUUCUACAGGAAUAAAAUAUUACAAUCGUCGUUUUACAUUUGUCUGUCAUUACGACUAAUUUCAGACGACGAUCGUAAAGAAAGAAGAAAAUAUUGUCAUAUUUAAAGGUUAUGUGUGAUCUUAAACUUGUUUUAUUUAAACAAUAAUUUAAGAGAUUAUUAUGGAAUUAAAUGAGGAUUUCAUAAAGACUAAUGGUGAAAGUAUUUUAGGAUUUUUAAAUGACGAUGAAGAGGAUCAAGAAAAGUUAGAUUUCGUAAUAGAUACAACAGGUAAUUCAUUCGGUUUUGAAGAAAAUGAUUCAGACGAUUCGACAUCGGGAGAAAUAUCAAGUCAAAAAUUGUAUAACAAUCUAUUCAGCGAUUGCAAAAUUGCAUUGAAAAGUGAAAAGUCAACAAAUAAACCCGAAAAAGUAAUUAAUCCGGUGGUAAAAGAAGUAUUAGCAGAUUUAGGAUUCAACGAUAAUGGUACAUUAAAAAAGAAACCUAUAAAAACGAAAAAUGUUAUAACAGAUAAACAAGACAUAAAAAAAGUACUAGAGAAAUCAAUUUUAAACCCAGAAGUUGAGAAAAAUAAUUUAGUACCACCUCUAACUGUAUCUGAUAAACUUUUACGAAAGCAAAGAAAAAAAGAGAGGCAGUUAACAAAGGGUGCAAAAUGGUAUGGAUUACCUGCUACUGAGCUAACCGAUGAAGUUAAAAGAGAUCUGGAAAUACUGCAAAUGAGAUCAGUUUUAGACCCAAAACAUUUUUACAAGAAAAACGAUUUAAAAGUGCUGCCCAAAUACUUUCAAAUUGGGACCGUCAUGGAUUCACCUUUGGACUAUUACAACAACAGAUUACCAAAGAAAGAACGCAAGAAGACGCUCGUCGAUGAGCUCAUGGCAGAUAUGGAAUUUAACAAGUACAACAAACGGAAAUACAAAGAAAUCAUAGAAGAGAAGAAACACACAAAUUAUAAAGCUUGGAGACAGGCUAAGAGAUUCAAAAACAAAAAAUAAAGAAUGUAGAUUUGAAUAAACAUUAAUAUGUUAUUCUUC